AUGGCUAGUCGAUUGGCAUUGCCGUUGGUUUUACUACUGGCCACGUGGCUUGCGAUAGUAGUUGAAUCUGGUCCAGUGAUUAUGCGUGAUGAAAACGAGCUGGAAAGUGGCGAUGAAGAAGAAAUCGACCUAUCCCAUCUUGGUCUGGAUAUCUACGGAGAACCGGACGAAUCGGUCGGCGAACGCGUUGCUCAGUACAAUCCGGAAACGGAUCUCGUUAACCCGGAGGAGCUGGGAACGUACGUCGACGGGGACAUACUGAUUACGAGGCCCGGCGGACGAAACGGGCUCGCUGACAAAAGUACACGCUGGCCGGGAGGUGUUGUACCGUUCGUGAUAAGUGGAAAUUUUCAGGCUAAAGAAAUGCAAAUGAUCGAAGAUGCUUUCAAUCAGUAUCACACGAAAACCUGCGUCCGGUUCAAACCCCGCAUGGGCGAGAAGGAUUAUAUUUCGAUUGAGAGCUCCAACAGCGGAUGCUGGUCCAGCGUGGGACGUACCGGAGGACGUCAGGAGGUGAACCUGCAGAUGCCCGGUUGUACGACCAAGGUGGGCACAAUCGUUCACGAACUGAUGCAUGCGGUGGGCUUUCUGCAUGAGCAAAAUCGAUACGAACGUGACGAUUGGGUGUCGAUUCAAACGCAGAACAUUCAACGUGGCACGGAGACAAAUUUCGUCAAAGCUAAGAGUGGAACAACUGAUGCAUUCGGAGUGCAGUAUGACUACGGCAGUGUCAUGCACUAUUCUGCAACGGCGUUCUCGUCCAAUGGAGCGCCAACUAUUAUAGCUAAGUAUCCGUUGAGCGGCACAGCUAUGGGCCAGCGGGAGGGAUUUUCUCGCAGUGAUGUUGAAAAGAUCAAUCGAAUGUAUCACUGUGGAGGCGAAACUACUGGUUCGGGCCCGUCGAUUAGCUUACCAUUCCCAGUUCCAUCUCCUCCGUUUGUUCCAAACAGUGGAUACUAUCCAUAUCCGUACCCAAAUCCAUACCCAUAUCCUCCGUCCGGUGUAGUUCCGCAAACGUAUCCGCAUCCCGGUGGAAGCUAUCCACAAGGACCUUACGGACCAUAUCCGCAAGAUGAGACACCGAACGGGUUGAUCAAUUCUGUGCAGAAUAAUCUUUAA